AUGAAUGAAUCGGAAACUCGAAUAAACAGUCCACCACCAAUAAAGGAGAAGGCGGCGGAGGAGGGAUCAGUGGUCGAAGGUGAAAAGGAGAACCAGACCCCCGAAGCCGUGAUCAGCAUAGAUGACGACGCAAAUAUAAAUCCAACUUCCAUCAAGAGCAAAACUCAGUCAGAGCUAAGCAUAUCUUCGAAAACCAGUCUCGAUGAAAAGCCAAAAAAUAGCCCGGCCAGGAAGCCGAGGAGGACCAAGGCAGAAAUGGAAAAGGAGAAAAAAGAAAAAGAAGAGCAAAGAAAACGCAAAGCAGAAGAGCUAGCGAAGAAAAAAGCGGAAAAGGAGCGCGAAAAAGAAGAAAAACGCAAGGCAAAAGAGCUUGCUGAUCAAGAGCGAGCAGAAAAGAAACGCCUUGAAAAUGAAGAAAAACAAAGAAAAGCAGCGGAAAGAGAGAAAAUACGUCUUGAAAAAGAAGAAAAAGAGAAACAAGCUCGCGAAGAGCGAGAAAAGAAGCAAAAAGAAAAAGACGAAGCAAAGAGGAAAAAAGAAGAUUUAGAAAAACGGAGACUAGAGGAAAAAGAAAAAGAGCGCCUUCUCAUUGAAGAGAGGGAGGAAAAAGCAAGGCAACAAAGAGCCAAGUUUUUUCAAAGCUUUUCGAAAAAACGGCUUUCCACAAAAAUUGAAAAAAUCGAAGAUGAACCGCGCUGGACGCCAUUUGUCGCUCACAAGGAGCAGUUCCUUUGCCCAGUUAUUUAUCGACAGUGGAGUGAAUCAGAAGAAGACGACUUUGAAAAGUUUCUCAAAUUAUUACGCGAAAAGGGCUUUUCUUGCGAAGAAUCAAAAUACUUUCAUGAGCUCAAAAACCGGCCAUUUCGGAGGCGUCCAAAACGAGAGCGGCGAAAAAAGACCGACGAUGAGUGUUUCUUAAUCAAUCCAGAGCUGGAACAGGCGCUCAAAGAGGGCGCGCGGUUCAAAUAUUUCAAUUUUCACACGGAUUAUCGGCCGCCUUUUUACGGAACAAACAGAAGUACAUCAACCGAGAUCAAUCCAAGACGGCCACUCGCUUUGGACCCAAAUUUAGAUUACGAAUACGACUCAGGUGAAGAUUGGGAAGAAGAACCGGAAGGCGAAGACGUCGAAUCCGGGAAUGAAAAAAUGUCAGACGAGGAAGAAAUGGAUGAAGACGACCAGGACGGCUUUUUCGUUCCGCACGGUUACCUCAGCGACGAUGAAGAAAACGCCGCUUGUGAUCCGGAUGAUCCGGAAGAUAGGCGACCCAAACUUACUGAAAAGGAACUCCAAGAACGCGAAGAAAGAUUCCAGAAAAUGCGAAAACGGCGUCUUCGCAAGCUGAUUGCCUUUACCGAGGGACCGAUCUAUUCCGAUGAGGAAGAUGAUGACAAGCCGCAACUUGAAAAUAUGAGCUAUGAUCAAAAGACCAAAGAAUUCGACUGGGAAGAGGUCAUUUGUUUGCGCGAGGGCUCACCAGAUCCUCUGAGAGACUAUUCCGACAAUGAAAUCGGCUCUCUUGAUGGAAUUUGGAAUGAAAUUGCAUCAUCAGAGGAAGAGUGUGACAUCGAAAACGUCGAACUUGACGAAGAUGAAGAGGAGGAUCUGGUAGAACUUGAAGACCAGUUCCCCUCAGACGAAGAGGACUUUGUUGAGCUAGAGAAUCCUAUGUGGGACAAUUCUGCCAUGAGAAACUGGAGCGACUUCGACGAAGUCAAAGAACAGCUGUUGAAGCGUGAGGAAGAGUAUGCUGCUCCUGAAGACGAUGCAAUGGAAGUAGAAAAAACUCAGAAAUCUGAGGAUCAGCUCUUCUGCACUGAGAGUCCCGAGAAAACUCGAAUGAGGAGGAAAAUUUGGGCACAUCCUUCUGGUGCUUCUGUUUCAUGCGCUCGCGCUACAACAUAUUUGGAUGUAUGCGACUUGAAUAUGAUCCUCAAAGACGGCAAGAUUACUAUUGCUCCUGGAAUAGAACCUGAAGCUUCCGAAUCCGAAGAGGUUGAGGAAUUCAUGGAAAACGAAGAUUCUGAACAUGAAGAGGAGCAGGAAGUGGAAGAAGAUGGCGGAGAAAUUCAAGGAGAAGUCAUUGAAAUCCUGAGCAGCGAUGGCGAAGGUGAUUCCGAGGGUCAUGAAUCCGAGGAAAUUCCAGACACGGAAGAUGAACAAGAAGUCGAACAACCAGAAGCCGUUUCUGAGGUAGACGAAGACGAUGACGAUCUCGAUAAUGUCGAAGAUGAUGAAGAUGACGAAGAAUCCCUCGGCGACGAAGACUCGGAUGAAGACGAGGAAGAGCUCGAAGAUCCAGAAGAACACGACAGCAUUCCUUGUGGAGGAAAUUUCGACGAUGAACAGGAGAAUAACAAGCUCGGUGAGAAGCGAAAAGUAUCGCCAGCGCGAAGACAGUUGAACUUCGAAGACCCAAAAAAUAAUGACGAAGCUCCUCAAAAAGAGCCAGUAGCGCCAAUUGUUAUCGAUAGCGAUUCAAAUCCUCCAGCACCUAUUGAAGAGACACCGAAAGAAGAAAAAGUCAAUAUUUUGAUACCGAAGAAGAAAAAGAAGAAAGAUAAAAGUUAA